GUUAACUUAUAAUUAUUGACUUUUUUAAUCAAGUCGAUUGUCGGGUCGUCAUUCCCUGUUCAUUGGUAAAUGUUAUCAACUUUCAGGGCGCCUUUCGUGAUAUCAUGUGAAAAUAUACAUCUCUAACCUUUCUCGAUUAUUUCCUUAGUUAAUUUUGCGCCAGUCUAUGAGCAACUGAAGAAAAUAUGGACCAACCUUCAACAUCAGCCAGAGUUCCUGAUACCCCUGGCAGGAGUAAAAGACCUUUUGCCAACAAGUUCAAACAACAAAGACUACCUGCAUGGCAGCCAAUUCUCACAGCAAGCUCAGUUUUGCCAACUUUCUUUGCAAUCGGAGUAGUUUUCAUUCCCAUUGGCGUUGGACUCCUUCAUCUAUCUCAAUCGGUUCAAGAGAAGGUUAUUGAUUACACCUAUUGCACUGAUAUUGUAAGUGGGAAGAAAUGUUCAGACAUUGUUACUAACUCCUCUGGUGCUACCUGCCAAUGCAAGGUUCCGUUUACACUCGAUGAUCUCUUCAGAACGAAUGUAUACAUUUACUACGGACUCUCGAACUACUAUCAAAAUCAUCGUCGCUACGUGAAAUCGCGAGAUGAUUUUCAACUUCUGGGGAAACUCAGCUCAGAGCCCUCAUCUGACUGUGAACCUUAUGCUUACACGAAGGACGGUAAAAAACCAAUUGCACCAUGUGGCGCUAUUGCCAAUUCCUUAUUCAAUGAUGAGUUGAGUUUGUUUUCAAAGACAUUAAAUGCUUCUGUUCCAUUACUGCGGACAGGAAUAGCCUGGCCAUCCGACAAAGAGUACAAGUUUAAAAAUCCCCCCGGCGACUUGAAAACAGCUUUCAGCCAAUUUGCAAAGCCUAAGGAUUGGAAAAAGAAUGUUUGGGAACUUGAUCCUGUAAUCCCAGAAAAUAAUGGUCUUCAGAAUGAAGAUUUCAUAGUUUGGAUGAGAACAGCAGCGCUACCAACAUUCCGCAAGUUGUACAGACGGGUUGAUCACUCUGCAAAAGAUUUUAAUGGUGGUUUGCCCCAAGGUGACUACGAAUUGAUAGUCAAAUAUUCCUACCAAGUCACUUCUUUCAAAGGAACGAAAAGCCUGAUCAUAUCCAACACGUCAAUGCUGGGAGGAAAGAAUCCAUUCUUGGGGAUUGCGUACAUCACCGUUGGAUGUAUCUGCAUCUUUCUGGGAGUGGUCUUCUUGUUCAUUCACAUCAAGUUCGGCAAAAAAAGUGCCGAUGUCAUCAACAUCAGCCCAUCAACUUCAUAUUGAACGUUUGGGGAUAAAUUGAAAAUUCAAAGGAAAAAGUCCAUCAGCAAAAUCGUAUAACAUCUCUACUUACAAUGAUUGCCGUGAAAUCAUCCUUGUCUUGGUACAUGAAGUUAAACUUUUGUUAUGAGGAUAUACACCAAUCGGUGUUUUCCUUGUAAACUUUCUGGAAUAGCUUAUGGAAACAUAUGCAUACAAAACUGGUUCUCGGUUUGAUUGAUUUAAUUUUUCAGUAACCAAUAUAGUUACUUUCAUUGCAGCUGUAACUCCAACUGAACAUCAUCUGUCAGAAUCAACCUAAUCACAUCAGACAUUGCCCAAUUUCCUUUCAAUUGACAUUUGUUUAAAACAGAACUAUGCAAAUUACCGUCUUCAACUGUUCUAAGAAUUUUUUUGAGAUUGAAGAAUGUACUUAUAAAAUUUUAAGUCAAAAUGUCAUCAGUUUUCUCUUGAAAAAGUAAAAUUUGAGACGAAUAUGAGGCAACGUAUGAUGUGGCUAGGCUGAUUCUGGUUGAUUCUUUCCGAUUGGACUACAUUUUGCAAUUAGAAACUUCCAUUUCUAGCUCAUCUGUAAAAUCACUUAUGUGUUUAGGAAAACUAAUGACACAUAGGUCAUUUACAAAAUAAGCCAGAAACUGUAGUUCUACAUUGCAAAAUGGAGUCCAAUUGGCACUCAUGCAGAUCCAGAUCAAGAAGAGGGUGGCAGCCUUUUUUAAAUAAGAGAUGAAAAUUUUAGAUUGCCACCAAAUUUGUGGCAAGUUACUCUCUUUUAAAAAUUAGAAAUUAACUUGGGCUUGUAAGAAAUGAAAAUUGCUAAUCAAGUUUCCCCUGAGAGGAAAAUGAAAAGCGUAAAAUUUCCCUCUUUUCAUAGAAAGUGACAAUUUUGAAGUUGUUGAUGAGCAUAGUUCGUUUUUUUUUUUUUUUUUGUGUUCAUAUAAAUAUCAUUGUUUUCCUGACUCAUAUCGGAAGAUUUAUGAUGAAGAAUUGCAAGAGUAGAAAAUUCUCCUCUCAAAUCAAGUACUUGGGUGAGUUUUAUAAUCUUCAUAGAUGAAGUUGAACAUUCCAUAGUCUUAAAUGUACAGAUCAAGUAUUCAAGAUAGCAGGGAUGCAGAAACUAUGCAACCAUGUCACCACAAUUAGCUGCAUGCAAAAACGAGAAAGCCCCAAAAAGGGGUUUCAAGAACGAAAAGACUAGUGCACCUUCGUGUAGAAAGUGUAGAAUUGAAGUAAAAAUUUUGUAAUUUUGAAAACCCUCCGAGAAAGUCGUGUAAUUUUGUCAAAUAGCAGAAAUGUGUACAUAUAUGUAGAGCAAAAAAAGGAAAUCAAUUUAAAAUUCUCAGGGGAGAAAGGAGUUUUCAAAAUGGGAAGGUCAAUUCAAAACAUUAGAAGGCCAAGAACUCUCUGCAUCCCUGCAUGACAGUAUUGGGCAUGAGGUCUUUCUAGUGUUCUUACAACGAAAAUUAUAAAGUAUGUACUCUGAAAAAUUUGAACGAAGCCAAAACUCCAGAAACAAGAAUUAACGUCCUUUUGGUUUUUACUUAAAAUGGAUCAUGCUGCAUUUGAAUUUAACUUUUUAUUACAGUUUGCUAAAGAAAUAUCUAUAAGAGUCAACUACUGAAAUUUGCCUCAAGAUAAAGUGAACUCGAAAAAAGAUUUUUUUCUAUCAGAUAACAAAAGCAAAGUCUAUUUUGUACAAGGUGAUCCAAAAGUCCAGCACCAGACAUCAGCACUGUAACUUUGAAACAAAUUGAGAUUGAGACUUGAAAUUUUGCGAGUGCUCCUAGGUCAAAGGAAACGACUUUUGGGACCCCCAAAAAUUUUAGGAAGACCAUUCUAAAAAAAAAGCAAGAGCCUUGAGGCUUAAAGGAGUGUUGCAGGACUUUUUGAUCUCCCUGUAUCUAUAGAUGAUAGUAUCCUAGUUUGCGAUACUAUAGGUUUCCUGUCAUACUUUAUUUUCUAUAAGGAAAACUCAUAAAACUUUUGUGAGUUUUUUCUCUAUUGAAUGUAUAUUCUCUAAAAAUUUCAAGUCGUAAUUUUAAUCUUGAAUGAGAAAGACUAAUUUGCAUUGCCCUCACCCCCAGUCCAAAAAAUUCAUCUACGCAAUGAAGAUGAAUUUUCUUUUGUCGUUUGUCCUCUAUUAUCAAAGUGUGCAGGGAGCAACAAUCAAUUAUUAUAAAUUUUAGUCAAAUACCUACCUCUUUCAGUUAAUUGACUAGUGCCAAAUUAAUAUUCUGGGACUUCAAAAGAUGCCAACUAUUCAGAAUUUACCCAAGAUUUUCACACUAUUAAUACUGAUACAUCGUUGUCUCUUGCAGGAAGAAUAUCAUCUCGUCUGCACUGCUUCAAUAUUUGUAGAACAUUUUAGAAUCUCUUCUUGCAAGUUUAAAAAAUGAUCGCCAGAAAUUUCCAGGCAAAUUCAUGCAAUAGUUCUACUAUAAAAAUUGAAGUGUCAAUAAGAAAUAUUGACAACGCAACAGCACAUGAAAGUAAAACAAUGCAAUUGAGUUGCGUUUCUCCCUGCGAGAGACACCAAUAUUAGGCACAUAAGUCUCUGGCACACUGCAUUUUUUUCUCUUUCCUCGCCUUCUGAAAUGGUUUUAGAUUUCGGAAGCCCUAAAAAAUAUCAUAGAUUAAUCAAUGAUGAAAAAUAAAAUUACUGAUGAUUUUAUGAACUUCUAUAUUUUAAAUAGUUACUGUCAUCAAGUGCACUUAAGUUUAUUUACCUAGUCUUAACAUAUUAUGUACACUAAUUCUUAUUUUACUUAUUUAGUGCGAUAAACAUUUAAUGUAUACUGGAUCACUGGAUCAGGAUGAAAGGAAAUGUAAGGUGGGCAUACGCUUGGCCCAUUCUGCACAUAAAUAACUAGACAGCUUUAGGAUUGUCUGCCACAGGUUACAGAGAUCUUGAACAAAGGAGGAAAAAUCCUUUGAAAUUUAAAGGCCAUUUGCUAAUUCUUUCGAUUUACCGAGGUAACUUUUUGAAGCUCACAAGGCGACCUUUGAGUUAAAGAGGUAAUGCACAGAUUCCUUGUACUCACUGAGGUAAAAAUGAGCCAUAAAUUUCUUUGAAUUAAGGGAACAAAUUUUUCGAGCGAUCAAGGUUUCCGGCCCUCAGUGGAAGGGAAUGGAGGUUUUCUUCGAGUUAUUAAGGUUUUUGACCUAUUGAGAUUCAAUUGUACAACUAUCUGAAACCAUUUCCGAGACUUAAAGAAUAUUUUUUAGUAAAAUGGUACACAACAUUUAACCCUUGUUCUCAAUUUUCUCAAAAUCACAAAGAAAUGCAUUUGAACAGACUCUUGCAGUAGACCUGUCAGUUACGUUUAGAUUGUAAUUUUUAGACAAGUUUCUUACACAAUCUGAUUUCGGUGGACGCAUGGGUCGUAAGACAGUAUGUUAGAGUUUUUUAGCGUAGAAAAUCAGCAUAAAGCUGAAAAUCUCAAUAUCUCCAAAAUCUCAAUAAUCUCAAAAAGUUUUUUCUGCAUUAUUUUUUUGUAUGAAUACAAAUUAUCAACAAGCGCAAGCCUGACCGAACGAUCUUCUGCUGACUUAAUGCUCGGAACCAAUGUAAUUGGCUUUUCAGCAACCGAAUGCAGUAUCUGUUGAUAAGCUGAAAUGCACAAGCAGCCAAUCAAAAGUGGACUUAAGUGCAGUUGCAACUCAUCUUGAGUAGAUUAAAUGACGCCUAUUUUUCUUGACAAAAUUCGGCCCCAGUUCUUGUCAUUUAUCAAUUUUAUAUCAUGAGAGCACAGCCUGAUUUCAGCGUUUCAGCAUCAUGGUACAUACUAUUACAGAUCAAUGCUCAGACUUUUCUUUUAUGAAUGGUUUACUUCGCCAGAUGUGCUGUCAAAAGUUGGUAUCCAUCAUUGUAUGUAUCGGAGCUCAAAGAAAGUAGAAAGGGAAAAAAAGUAGCGGGUUUGUGCCUACUAAAAAUCUGUGGGCUCCCCUGUACUAAAUUUUGAAGGCAAGGCUGGAUGGAAUGGAAGAGUCAAGUCACCUGCGGUUACAUUAUUUGGUGCGUGUAAAUAUUUUACUAAUUAGUCAUCAUCGUUGCCAUGUUAUUAGUUUUUGUAACGUACCUUUUUCUCUUUGGAAUUUAUUUUGUCCUCUUGGAAAGAUUGUUGCCUUUCGAACAAGUACCUAUUAUUUAAGCUGCCCCUUUCAAUUCAGUAAAUCUGUAAUUGCCCACAGAGAAAGAGAGCUCACUUUUUCUCAAUAAGAUUUACUAUAAAUCCUGGUUCUCCUUCCUGAGGACGGACAAAAUUAAAUCUGAAGAUGAGAUGCUGCAGAUCAGACAAGCCCACACGCUUUCUAAUUAGUUCUUCAAGGGGCGGACAGACAGGAGGGAAUACCAGAAUUGACCCUUGUGGGCCUGUUAAUAUUUAAGAUAAUUCGGGAUCGGAUUGUCCUCUCCACGUAGCCGAAAUACAAUUAAAAAGUGCUAGGAUUCCCGGUAACAUUUUUGGUCGCCUCUGAUUUCUUCCUUUUCGUGUCUGUUGCUUUCAAACCUGAAUACAGUGUAGACCUUUGCUUUUGCACCUUCGUAGCAUUUAAUCAAUUUAAUAUUCAUCAAGUAUCACUUACCUACCAGCGAGGUUAUUAGGUUCUGCAAGUACAUGUGGAUAUUUUAUACGGCUUCAAAGUGCUGAUUUUCAGCAUUACCUACCUUGCCCGUUAGGCACAUUUUAUGGACAAUCGGUAUGCUAACCAUAGGUAGAUGACAGUGUUACGUUCACCUUGCGUAGAAUUAACUAUUUUUUUAAGCAAAUCAAUUAUUUUGUGAAAUCCUCGUGAUCUAAAUGAUGUAUUUAAAUCACUUCAAUGCAAGAUUCAGGCAUGCAAAAUUUUUAAUUUUCAUUGGGCCGAGUUUAUUGGGAACGCACCAAGUCGCUUUUUGGAAAAAAAAUGAGUCAGGAACUGUUUCGAAAUCAGAUAGUUGUAAAUCUUCUCCUGUCGAAAAUUUAAAGUUGAGAAAAAAAUAUAUCUAACCAGAAAGGAGUUGAUAAACUUUGUCCUCAAUAUCGUGUCUUGAGGAGGUAUAAAACUUUGAACUUCUUUUCUUCGGUUAGGACUUGAUAUGUCUUGGUGUGCUUCUGUUAAACUCUGUCCAUUUUUAAUUUUAAUUAAGAACAUGAUUCAUUAUAUCAAUAGUCUUUUUUUCCUGAAGCAACUCUAGCAUAACCAAUGUCUUACAAUUAGUCUUACAAAUCAUAAUUUUUAGCAACAAUUCAAUUUGAGGUAAGCGCACAAAAUUCUAUUCUUGGAAAAAAUUGUAACAAUUAAAGGAGAAAUUCAUUUUCUUCCUGUUUCUGUAAUAAUAUUUAUUUUCAAAAUAUGUUUUCUGGUACUGUUUAUCACUGUAUAUAGUGGUCCUCAAGCCAUCAUGAAGAAAACCAAGGAGAAACCCUGAUAAGGGGCAUUUACGCUCACUUAAUUUCGGUUUUUCCAUGAAUGGAGUUUGCUUUGUUCAAGAUAAAUAAAGCUGCAAUCUGUAAAGGACAUUCACUGAACAGGAAAUCCUUUAUUAUGGUUUCAUUUGUGCUUGCUUAGUGCCCAAUGGAACACAAGUAAAUGGAAUAAAUAGAAAAAGAAAAGAGAAAAUUUUAAGAGAUCCGAUGUGUCAGGUGGACAAAAUUUAUCAACUUUAUUGUCAUAGUGGAAUGAAGAUGAGAUGAGAAGUAGCACACGCCUUGAUUAUGUAAUGCAGACUUUUUUCAUUGGUCCCAUAUUGGUUAUUUACCAAAAAAAAAAAAAUUGAAAUUAGAUGAGAAUAACUUUGACACUUAUCAAGACUCCAUUUUUUAAAAAUUCUGCAGUGCCCCUCAAAGAUUUUAAAUUUAUAAUUGUUUCAAACAAUUUUUUUUAAUUUUGUUUUCAUUACUUGUUUGUUGUUAAUUUAUUGUCUCAGAGCUUUUAUAAAUAAAUGUUGUGAUCUCAUUAGCUUUUAA